CCCCGCCCUCCUCUCUUCCAGCUCACUGCCCAUCCCGGGCAUCCUCCGGCAACCCAGUGAGGGGACUCCUGAGCCUCAGAGACAUCUGGCAGUACCAAGAGAGCCUAAGGGAGCCAGAGGCCGCCCAUCCUCCUUGACUGCAUGCCUGGCUGUUUUUUCCUGUUACCACACCGCUGUCCUCUUCUUUGCAAGAGGUGACAUGGUGGAAAGACAGCUGAGUCCUUGCUGCUGAUCCUGGCUCCACGGCUGCCUGGCUGCCACCUCCUUCAGCGGCCUCGGUUUCCUCUGCCUCACCCCAGGCAGCGCCGAAGCCAGCUCUCUGGUCGCGAUCUGAAGACCAAGUGGGACCAAGCGGAGUGCAGGAGCGGCUGCCUCAUGAGCCUGCCUCCGCAGCUGUCCUUCGCCCUGUAUGUGGCCGCCUUUGCCCUGGGCUUCCCGCUCAAUGUCCUGGCCAUCAGAAGCGCGGCUUCCCACGCCCGGCACCGCCUCACUCCCAGCCUGGUCUACGCCCUCCACCUGGGCUGCUCUGACCUCCUGCUGGCCAUCUCUCUGCCCCUGAAGGCCGUGGAGGCCCUGGCCUCGGGGACUUGGCCUCUGCCGGUCCAGCUGUGCCCUGCCUUUUCCCUGGUCCACUUCGCCCCGCUCUACGCUGGCGGGGGCUUCCUGGCUGCUCUGAGCGCCGGCCGCUACCUGGGCGCAGCCUUCCCCCUGGGCUACCAAGCCCUCCGGCGGCCGCGCUACUCCUGGGGCGUCUGCGUGGUGAUAUGGGCCCUCGUCCUCUGUCAUCUGGGGCUGGUCUUGGGGUUGGAGGCUCCGGGAGGUUGGCUGGACAACACCACCAGCUCCCUGGGCAUCAACAGAGUGGCCAACGGCUCCCCCGUCUGCCUGGAGGCCUGGGACCCGGCGUCUGCCGGCCCCGCCCGCCUCAGUCUCUCCCUCCUGCUCUUCUUUGUGCCCCUGAUCAUCACCGCGUUCUCUUAUGUGGGCUGCCUCCGGGCCCUGGCCCACUCGGGCCUGAGCCACAGGCGGAAGGUCAGGGCAGCCUGGGUGGCCGGUGGGGCCCUGCUCACGCUGCUACUCUGCUUGGGGCCCUACAACGCCUCCAACGUGGCCGGCUUCCUGCGCCCCGACAUGGGGGCCCAGUGGCGAAAACUGGGGCUCAUCACAGGGGCCUGGAGUGUGGUGCUCAAUCCACUGGUGACUGGCUACCUGGGAGCAGGUCCUGGCCGUGGGACGGUGUGUAUGGCAAGAAUGCAAGGAGGAACAUUCCAGAAAUAGCAGCUUCUGCUGGGAGAAAGGGGCUUCUCCAGGCCCCAUGUCAGGGCUGCCCCAUCAGAACUGCUGGGCAGCCUUGCCAGGAGCCAUCCCCAGCGCCACGUGUGGGAAGAGCUAAACCUGGAGAGGACAACACCCCGUCCAGAGAGAGGAGUGGAGGCCAGGGGCUGGUACCUCCACAGUCAGCUUGCCUCCUGCCUCUGCCUCACUCCUCGCGUCCUUCCUGCCCACUAGGAGGAUGACGUCUGGCUUCUAAUCCGGAGGAACACCACCGUGCAAUGCUACCCUGCAGCCAUUUGUGAGGAAAGAACAUUUUAAUUUCUAAAGAAGAGAUGGAGGCACUAGCCAAGAUAAUGAGGCUGCCAUACCACUUGGAACUCACAAGGGGGCAGCAUUCGCACUGUGAAUGGGAAGCUGGCCCAGAAAAGAUGCUUGGUGAGAAGGGGCACAAGUCAGCCACCAUGCCCAGUGCUUUAUAAUGAGCAUUUUCUCAUUUUAUCCUCACACGACCCUCCCACUCCCUUUAUUUUUUAAGAGGCAGGGUCUGCUCUGUUGCCCAGGCUGGCCUUGAACUCUGUCCUUGAACUCUGGUGCUCAACCGAUCCUCCUGUCUCAGCCUCCCAAGAAGCUGGGACCAAGGUAUAUGCCACGGUGUCCAGAUCACACAACCCUUGGAUUUAGCCAGGUGACAUUGCACAGGGGCGACAGGCAGAGGGGACACACACUGACUACUAGCCCGUGCUGGGCUCACUAAGCCGUGUGCCUGCCUUGCUUCCAAUCAAGGGAAGGAGCCUCUCAUUUUAAUUUCAACAAAGACACCACCUGCUCCUCCAGUAGCGCCCCUUGGUGCAGGGUGGCACUCCC